AUGGCCGACGAUGAGGAUCGCGCGCAAAAGCAACGAGAUGGUAUUGACAGAGAGGCCGCAAAGUUAUGGAGAUGCUACAGAACUGUACACGAAAUGGUCCAAGAUCGUGGUUAUCUUCUCGCUGAAGAAGAAGUCAACAUGAGCUUCGACACAUUCAAAGCCAAGUUUACCAGCAACGAUGGAAGUGUUGAUCGUCGCCAAAUGAAUUUCUCUGCAACCCCUAGUGAAGCUAUGAUUGCCAAAUACGCAAACGCACCCACUCCCCAGAACCCAAACCCAACUACCUCGGAAAUCGGUACCAUCUGGGUUGAGUUUCUCAUGGUAACUGAUGUAUCAAUCGGAAUUAAACAAAUGCGUACAUUCGCUCAGCAUCUUUCUCAACAUAACUUCUCUGCCGGAAUUCUCAUCGCACCUGUUCCGCCAUCAGGUCCCGCUCAAAAGAUUAUCCCAGCCGUCGCAUCUGAUACCAGAAUCGAAACCUUCGUCGAACAAGAUUUAUUGGUCAAUAUCACGCAUCAUGAAUUGGUUCCCAAACAUGUGUUGUUGAGUAAGGAAGAGAGAGCCAAGUUGUUGUCAAGAUAUAGAUUGAAGGAUACUCAACUUCCACGUAUUCAAGCUGCAGAUCCAGUCGCGAAAUAUUUGGGAUUGAGAAGAGGGCAAGUGGUUAAGAUUAUUAGAAAGUCCGAAACUGCUGGUCGUUAUGCCAGUUACAGGUUAGCUUUUCAAUAA